AUGGUUCCAUAUUAUAAAAGAAAUCAUUCUAUGGGUGAGAGCAAAGAAAUACAAAAAUCGAUCGACACGGGUCCAAUGGAGGCCAGAGAAUUUGGACCGCCUUCAUGCUUCGACGUAGGCGAAAUGGGGUGGAUCGGGCUGGUGGAACCGGUCCUCCAACUGCAGGAACCCUCUCAGAUCGGCCUUGGUGCCAUCAACGGGAUCGGUAGCCAAGGUCAGAAGCCCCUUCAGCAACCCCACUACACGCCCCAUCUGUUGAACUGGGUCUAUCUGGCGAUCGCCGAUCAGAAUCAUGCUCAACAACCGGACCAGAGCAAGCUCUUACCGACAAUCUGGAGCGGUUUUCCAACGACGGCGUCGCAAACGUACAUGCAUCAUCGGGACGGUUUGAGCCCGAUCGGGGCCAAUCUGGCGGACAGUAUCGGUGAUCUAGCGGAUCAUUUCACGGAACUGGGUCUGCUGGAUCGGAAACCGACCAAGAGGCCGCCGCCUAGCUAUCUUUGUCAUCUGUGCUUCAAGAAGGGCCACUACAUCAAGGAUUGUCCACAGGCGCGGCCAAAGGGUGAGGGUCUGACGCCGUACCAGGGAAAAAAACGGUGCUUCGGAGAGUACAAGUGUCCCAAGUGCAAGCGCAAGUGGAUGUCGGGCAACAGCUGGGCGAAUAUGGGCCAGGAAUGCAUUAAGUGCCACAUAAACGUCUAUCCGCACAAACAGAGACCGCUUGAGAAACCAGACGGACUGGACGUGUCCGACCAGAGCAAGGAACAUCCGCAGCAUCUCUGUGAGAAGUGCAAGACCCUGGGUUACUAUUGCCGGAAAUAUCAGUAGUAAAGUGAGAAACAGAAAAUCGGCGAUUGUACACACCUCUCAGAAUGGUAUCUUCCUCCCCGUUCGCCUUGGGACGCGGCACGUAGAAGACCUGUUGCUCUCUGUGAUAAAUACAAGAAUAUCGUUCGUUCUCUGUGACGAACAAACACCGGCGCCGACACGGUAUAUAUGUUUCUCUACAGAACACAGCGAAUUAUCAUCGGUGGUGGAUUGUGUUUCAUCGAGGAAGACGCCAGAAACGCAGUUCGAAAGCGUUUAUACUGUUUACUUGUCAAAAACGAGACACACCAGAAAUAUGCCCGUAGUCAGGGACGCUCGACGAAACGAUUGCGGCUACCACGAGAGUGCUAAUUAUAGUUACUCUCAGUCUCGAGAGGAACAGACACUGGCAAACUUUACACUUGUGUCCACGGCGAUCGAACGCGCACAGUUUUCUGUUCAGCAGCGAAAAAGGAUCCGAUUGACACGCGUGAUACAGAGGCCUGUGGAAAUGAUCAUUCGUUAGCCACGAUCAUCCGGUAUAUUUCACGUGUAUGUACAAAGUGAUGUCGACAAGAGAUUCGCGUGACCCGGAAAUCGCAGCCGUUUUCGCGAGAACAAGGUCGGGUCCUAAUCGAGUUUAGACGGUCAGCAGGGAUCUGUUUGUGAUCUAAGAAACGGCAGAGAGACUAAAUACUACAAUCUGAUUAAUUCUCCGUCUACGAAUCACACUGUACAUAGGUCUGUCGAGUGCAAUUGUAACACGUAACCGUGGGCACGACUGAACCCCAGCCGCUACUCGCCUACGGUUCAAUUUUUUCGAUAAGUUUUCUCUCGGCGGUCUCGUAGUCCGCGCCACUUCGCUAUACAGAUUGUUUACAUGCUCGUUCGGUUGGUAAAACGCGUGUGUGGUUCGACGGCAGGACACGCGCUUGUACAAAUUCUAGAAUGGUUGUGCGUCGACAUUGU